GUCGGCGAACAGACUGCUUUGCUAAUAAAGAUGGUCCCAGAAGAUCAGCGCCUCGCAGCUGCCAUCAUCUUGGUGGUCUGGGUCUCGGCCAUCGCAUCGUCCCUGAUUGACAACAUCCCCUUCACUGCUACCAUGAUUCCUGUGCUCCUGAACCUGAGCCAAGACCCCGAGGUCAGCCUGCCUGCACCACCGCUGAUGUAUGCCCUGGCCCUUGGCGCCUGCCUAGGAGGCAAUGGGACACUGAUCGGAGCAUCAGCCAACGUGGUUUGUGCCGGAAUUGCAGAGCAGCAUGGAUAUGGAUUCUCUUUCAUGGAAUUUUUCAGGUCGUAA